AUGCCUAAUAUAAAUGUGCUUGUCGAUCUUUGUAUGGUUCCAAUAGGUACCGGAAGUCCAAGUGUCUCUGACUUUGUCACCAUGAUCGAAAACAAAAUUCGUCAGAGUCCAUUUAAAACCUCUUUGCAUAGUUUCGGUACAACAAUCGAGGGUCCAUGGGAUGAAGUCAUGAGUUUUAUUGGUGAAUUACAUGAAUAUGCUCAUGAACAAGGCUAUGUCAGAUGCCAUACUGAAAUUAGAUUAGGUACUAGAACUGAUAAAAACCAAACCGCACAGGAUAAAGUUAAUACUGUAGAAGCUAAACUUCUUAAAUUGAAUGAGAAAUAA